GACAAGAGGCAUUCCCCACCAUCGUUUACCUUUAGCAGCUAUCUUUUAGCUUUAAUAUGGCAUUGUUUAUUAUCAAACCUGCUCACCUCCGUUGUGCUGUAAGAGCAGGCAGGCUCAUAAGCGAGCUUCGGGGAAGAAACACAUUGUGUUCAGACAGAAGUUAUACCACUGAUGGAGACAAGAGGGUACCCAAAAUAUACACCAAAACUGGAGACAAAGGUUUCUCCAGCACAUUCACAGGAGAAAGGAGGCCAAAGGAAGAUCAUAUUUUUGAAGCCUUAGGAAAUACAGAUGAGCUUUCGUCAGCUAUUGGCUUGGCCAGAGAAUUUUGCAUCGAUAAAGGUCACACAUUCACACAUCAGUUAGACAAGAUACAGUGUGUUUUACAAGACAUUGGCUCCAAUAUUGCCACCCCAAGAUCAUCUGCAAGAGAAAGUCACAUGAAGAGAACAAAAUUUACUGCUGAGCCAAUAGUGGACCUGGAAACCUGGAUAGAUAAAUUUACAGAAGAGCUCCCUCCACUGACCAGCUUCAUUUUACCUUCUGGAGGAAAGGGCAGCGCAGCUUUGCACUUGGCCCGGACAGUGUGUAGGAGAGCAGAACGCAGUGUUGCUCCAAUUGUGCGAUCAGGUGAGGCAGAUCCAGAUGUUGCCAAAUUUUUGAACAGAUUGAGCGACUACCUGUUCACUGCGGCCAGAUAUGCAGCCAUGAAAGAAGGCAGUGAGGAGAAAAUCUACAGAAGACCCGAAUGAUCAGAAGAGGAAUAAGACUAAGGGCGAUAUUGGUUUUGGGAACAGUUGGUUUUGCAGAUAUUUCACUUUUAUUGUAAAUAUAGCAAUAAACAUAUACGAUAGCCAAAAUUGUCAUCAUAUUUUAAUGCAUCUUUCUUCUUAGCAUAAUGCAAGAGUAGGUAGUAAUAAACUUCAUGACCUUCACUGUGGCUAAAUCUUAAACCAUUCAGCCAAUAUAUGUGCCUCCUAGUUCUUUGCCUUGGUAAUGUUUCAUCAAACACAUACACUGGUCAGCCAAAACAUUAAAACCAUUGGCAGGUGAAGUGACUUUCAUUCGUCAUCUCAUUAAAAUGCAAUUUUCUGCUGGGAACUCUUAUAUCCUGGCAUUCAUGUGGAUGCUACCUGACACACUCCACCCCCCUGAACACCGUUGCAGACUUAGUACACCCCCUCUUGGCAACAGCACUCUUCAAUGGCAGUAGCCCCCUCAGCAGGACAAUGCACCAUACCACACCUCAAAAUCUGCUUAGUAGUGGCCAGAGGAAUGUGACAAAUAGUUCAAGGCGUCGGCCUGGCCUCCAAAUUCCUUAGAUCCAAAUUUGAUUGUACAUCCGUGGAACGUGCCGCUACCCCACCUCACAACCCACAGGACUUAAAAGAUCUACUGCCAAUGCACUGGUGCCAGAUGCCACAGGACACACCCAGAGGUCCUGUUCCUUUUCCUCAACAAGUCAGAGUGAAGUCACAUCCAAGGAGAACCCACAAGUUACUUACUUCCCUUAUUUCAGUAGUUUUAAUUUUUUGGCUGAUAGGUGUGUAUUUAGUUUAGCAGGUGCACAGCAGAGAAACUUAAAAUACUGCAGAGUAUCUCUUUUUCUUGAUGGUUUUACAAUG